AAUGAUAUUGGUGGGAAGCAUAGCCUUAUCAAUCGCUGGAGCACUUUUCUUAAAGCACGGCUGAUUUGCUCUAUACCAGGUCUCCAGGGCACCGAAACACAUUUUGAUCAACUAGAAGACGUCUUCCUCCUUGAAACCCGUAACAUACAGAACCCUCUGGUUUAUGGCCUCUUCACGGUUUCCAGUGGCAUUUUUAGUGGUUCUGCAGUGUGUGUUUAUUCCCUGGCAGCCAUUCGGGCUGCCUUCAAUGGACCUUUUGCACACAAGGAAGGCUUCGAUUAUCAGUGGGCUGAAUAUAAAGGACGGAUCCCUUACCCUCGUCCUGGAACAUGUCCCAGUGAAACAUAUGACCCAUUCCUGCAGUCAACCAAGGACUUCCCUGAUGAAGUGAUUAGCUUCAUGCGUACUCAUCAUCUGAUGUGGGACCCCAUCUAUCCACUCCACAGGAAGCCUGUUCUGAUCAGAGUCAAUGUGCCUUUCAACAUCCGGCAUCUGUUGGUGGACAGAGUGGAGACAGAGGCUGGACAUGUUGAUGUCCUCUUCCUUGGAACAGAUGAGGGCAAAGUACUUAAGGUGGGCAUCUCCAACCGAGAAGGCCGAGGGUCUCAGGAGAUCAGCUUGGAAGAGAUCCAGGUUUCAAAGGUGCCAUCAGCUAUCCUAGACAUGCAAUUUUCCCUAAAGCGGCAGGAACUUCUCGUGAGCACUGCGAAAGGGCUGGUGCAGCUCUCCAUGUAUCGCUGUGAACUCUACGGCAAAACUUGUGCCGACUGCUGCCUUGCUAGAGAUCCGUACUGCACCUGGGAUGGCAAGUCCUGCAGGGCCGUUCUGCUCACUAAGAAAAGGCGUGCACAGUGCCCAAACGUGCUGAAGACCAAUCCAAUCAGUCAGUGCCUGGAUGCUGCAAAAG